AUGUCAGAUACAACUUCCAUUAAUAAUGACAUUUCUCAUCAUGAUUUGAGUGAAAGUCAGACUAAGGAACAUAAUAAUACUGAGUUGAAGAAUAAUAACAUUGAAGUAUCAAUCCCAGUAAAAUCUGGGAUAAUGCACAAUUAUAGAAUACUUUGGAUGAUUAGAUGGGUUGAAUUUUUCUCAUCAGCAUCAGUUGUUACAUUAUCAGGAUUGUCUGUUGCAUAUUUUUUCAGAAGAGAUGGAAAGAUGGCGUUUGUUUUAGCUUUAGGUGCUAUAUCUUUUGUUUACCAGUCUUUAAUUCUUUAUGACAUAACUUGGUUUUUUAAUAAAUCCAAUAAAAGAUUAAUUACUUUAAGAAGAUUUGUGAUUAUUUUUGACUUAAUUUUAUCUAUUCUAUGGUUAAUAUCAUUCAUUCUGAUUACCAUUGAAUAUCCAAGAUAUGAAUGUCAUAAACAAGGUAAAAAUAAUAGGGUUGAUGGAUGCAGAUCAGGAAAAGCAUCCAUUGCUUUCUCUUUAAUCAAUUUUGUGUUUUAUUUAACUGGUGCAAUAGUGUUGCUUUUCAAUACAAAUACUAGACUGAAACCUAGAGAAAACUUUAAAUUGAUACCACAUCUUUUAGAUUUUGAAAAUUAA